CUUUGCGUAUAGCUGGCGCUCCGGUUUCCCAGGCGGAGAAGAUGGCGGCUCCUGGACCGGGGGAGUAUUUCAGUGUCGGGAGCCAUGUCUCUUGCCUCACCUGUUUAGGCCAACGUUUGCAGGGAGAGGUGCUGGCUUUCGAUUACCCGUCCAAGAUGUUGACGCUGAAAUGUCCUUCUUCCAGUGGUAAGCCCAACCUCAGCGAUGUCAUACUGGUGAACUUAGCCUAUGUUUCAGAGGUGGAUAUUAUUAAUGACCGCACUGAGACUCCUCCUCCUCUAGCAUCCUUGAAUGUUAGCAAGCUUGUCAGUCGGGUGAGGAUGGAAAAGGAAGACAAGUUGUCCCAAGCCUAUGCAAUCAGUGCUGGGGUUUCAGUUGAGGGCCAGCAACUAUUCCAGACUAUUCACAAAACCAUCAAAGACUGUAAAUGGCAGGAGAAGAACAUCAUUGUGAUGGAUGAUGUUGUAAUCUCACCACCAUACCAGGUGGAGAACUGCAAAGGCAAAGAGGGAAGUGCUCUAAGUCAUAUACGCAAAAUUGUUGAGAAACAUUUUAGAGAUGUGGAAAGUCAGAAGUCAAUGCAACGUACACAAGCACAGCAAACACAGAAGGACUCGUCUUUAUCCUCCUGAGUGUGAGGGUAUGGCUCAUAUGGGGAGGGCACCAUGGGCAUCAAGGGCCUAACAGCUGGUCAAAACCAGCGCUCUUCUCCCCCUCUGUGGCGUAGUCCGAGGGUGGAUGCGCCAAGGGUUUGGAAGAUCAACAAAAGAAACAAAGAAAAUAAACAUUUAAAAAAAAGCAAAAAUGUUUUAAGGAAAAAAAAAUGUGAGAGUGAAGAGUUCAUUCUAAAUUAGACUUUAUAAAGAUAAUUUAAAACUCCAACCAUCAAACAACCAUAGUUUCUUUGACUAACAGUGUCUUAUCCCCUCUCUGCCCCUUCUUCCUCCUAUGUUUCAUCUGAAAUAGCUUUUCAUGUUUUCUUCUCUUACAUCCCUCCUUCGCCUUCAAUUCCAUUUUGUGAAAAACGAACCAGUCAGAAAAGCUUGUUAGCUUUAUUUACUUUUAAUAUUAUUUUUUCUUUUGGCUGUUUAUGUUCUACAAGUGUUUGUCUUCUGUAUUUUUAAACAAAAUGUGACUUCAGAUUCCACAUGUUUCAAGGACAUUUUCUAAAAUAAAAGUAACAGAAAUUCUGACUGUAA